AAUCCAGGCACAAUGACUUCAAAGAAACCGGUUAACCGACCCUCGGUGAGGCACCCGAGUCACAACCAUCCGCUACGCCUCUUCAAAUCCCAAGAAGAAGAUGAGAUCAUCUGCUCUGGAUGCGAGCUUAACCUAAUCGGACAAGCCUUCAAAUGUACAAAGAAAGACUGCGAUUACUUCUUGCACAAGUCAUGUUUCGACCUACCUCGUGAAACCAAACACAAGUCUCACUCAGACCACCCUUUGACCCUGCUUCAUUCCCCACCGUAUGGUCACUCUUACACGUGCGACGCAUGCGGCCAAUAUGGAUCCGGAUUCACUUACAACUGUUCAGAGUGCCAGUACGAUGUACAUGUUGGAUGUGCCUUUAUCCCCGAAACUGUGAAGCGCGAAGAUCACGACCACCCCCUCACUUUAGUCUACAACACACCAUGCAAAGGUCGCGAGGACGGUGCAAUGUUCAUAUGUGAUGUUUGUGAAGAAGAUAUGUCGGAGAAUCUUUGGGUUUAUUACUGCAAAGAAUGUGAUUAUGGGACACAUGUGCAUUCUUGCGCGGUUUAUGAAGAUCAUCAGCCAAAGAAAGGAGGAGGAGGAGGAGAAGAAGGAAGAGGAGGAGGAGGAGGAGGAGGAGAAUCGAGCUCUGCCGCUGCAAGGAUGAAGUCGUUGAUGAAAGCUCAAGAUGAGAUGGCGGCGUUGCAGCUCGAGGCACGUAUUAGGAAGAACACUAAUGAUGCUAUACUUGAGUUAUGGGAUGAACCAAAGCGGAGAUAUUAUUGGUGAUCGAAACUAUGAAUGAUCUAUUUGAUGCAUUGAUGAAGAUUGUAAUUGUUUUUUUUUUU